AAUCCUUGACAAAACUUUCAAAUUCAAACUCAUUUUUCAUUAUUCAUUUGAAGAGUGUUGAGUGUUGAGUAUGAUCUCAUUUGUGGGUACUCUUGUGUUGAUUAGUUGACGACUAACUCAAACAAACUCAUUAAUUUAAAAUGUUGAAAUCAAAAAAAGAAUGUAAUUUGAUCAUCAUAAAUGAUUCUAUUCUGAACAAUACAGCGGGUGAUACUUACAGUUCCUUUUUCAUAACAAAUCUGAAGAAUUUAGGUUAUACUGUAUCCAAAAUUAUUAUAAUUCCAAGUGAUUUUAGAACAAUUAUACAAGAACUUACUUUAUCAAAUAGACAAUAUGAUUUAACAUUAAUCGUGACUAAUUUAUCUAAUGGAAUUGUUGGACAAGCUUUAGGAAAGUUAUUUCAGAAAAAAUUGGAAAAGAAUGAUGAACUAGAAAGGAUAUUAUCAGAGAAGAAUAUUCCAUACAGUGGAGAGGAAUUACAAUAUCCUAUUUGUGUCAAUAUUCUAGAAGGGGAAAAAUAUCCUCUUAUUCAUAUCCAGAGAUUAUUCCUGAUUAACGAGAAAUAUAUUGAUAGCAUAUUCCGAUCAGUAUUCAAACCAUACUUGAGGAAAUACAGCGAACCUUCAUCAUUUGAAAAAAUCGCUGAUAUUUAUCUGAAUGGUAAUAGUAGUAAAUUGGACGAAUUGAAGUAUAAUAUGAUAAAGUACCAACUCACCAAAACAACCGACAACAGUGUACUUAUGGAAUAUAAAUGUGAAGACAUAGAUUGCCUUCUUGAAUUUGAAGAUGAUUUGCGACGGUUAGUGUUUGUAAAUUGUUCUAAGCCAAUAUUGCACGAUCAUUUGUAUUCAGAUAUGAAUUUGCAAGUGAAAAACGCGAUUCAGGUAAUAGAGACAUGCUUUGAGAAAUACGGCCCAGAAAAUACGUUCUUGAGUUUCAAUGGAGGCAAAGAUUGUACUGUUCUCCUUCAUCUAACUCUGAUUGUUCUAGAGAAGCACUAUCCGUGCUAUUCACAAAAACCGUUAUGUUUAUAUGUGCAAGGAGAUCAGCCAUUUAAGGAACAAGAAGAAUUCAUUCUAAAAUGUCAGCAAUAUUACAAUUUGGAGAUUGUUACAUUGAAAAUGGGUAUCAAGGAUGCGUUGGCGAGCAUAUUGAGGGAUUGUCCUAAUCUUAAAGCUUGUCUCAUGGGAACUAGGAAAACAGAUCCAUUUUCUCAAACUCUAUCAGAGUUUCAGCUUACUGACAAAGAUUAUCCUGAAGUAAUGCGAGUAAAUCCUCUUCUCAACUGGAGUUACUACCAUAUUUGGGACUAUCUACUCUACUAUAAAGUUCCCUAUUGUAAACUGUAUGAUAUGGGGUAUACAUCCUUGGGAAAUGUAGAUAAUACUCUUAAGAAUCCUCUCUUGUUAUACAGUGAUCCAAUAAAAGAGAGUGAAGAAUACUUACCUGCGUAUAAGCUCCUACAGGAAGGAAGUGAGAGAAUUGGGAGGAAUAGGUGAUGUGUGAGCAUCUUUCUUGCAAUUCUUCAUUAUUUUCAGUUAGUCAAUUACAAAAAAUUCCUGCAAUACUCCGUACUUGUGUAAAUAAAAAUGUUAUAUUUCCUAAGUAAUUUGGAAUAAUAAGAAAAUAUCUUUGUUAACGCUACCAAAGUUUAUAUUUGUAUAUAGAGAACUACAGAAAUAAAAUGUAAUUUAAAUUUAA